GGGGCCGGGAAGCGGCAGUGGCGGCUACGCGCGCGCGGGCGCGCGCGGGAACGAACGGGAAACACCGCGAGGGCUGGGGUGGGCCAGGCUGUGGGGACGACGGGCUGCGACGAUGGCCGCAGCGGCGGGCGGCGGCGGGCCUGGGGCAGCGGUAGGCGCCACGGGCUCGGGGGCCGCGGCGGUAGCCGCAGGCCUAGCCGUUUAUCGGCGGAAGGAUGGGGGUCCGGCCACCAAGUUUUGGGAGAGCCCGGAGACGGUGUCCCAGCUGGAUUCGGUGCGGGUCUGGCUGGGCAAGCACUACAAGAAGUAUGUUCAUGCGGAUGCUCCUACCAAUAAAACACUGGCUGGGCUGGUGGUGCAGCUUCUUCAGUUCCAGGAAGAUGCCUUUGGGAAGCAUGUCACCAACCCGGCCUUCACCAAACUCCCUGCAAAGUGUUUCAUGGAUUUCAAAGCUGGAGGCACCUUAUGUCACAUUCUUGGGUCUGCUUACAAGUAUAAAAAUGAACAGGGAUGGCGGAGGUUUGACCUACAGAACCCAUCCCGAAUGGAUCGUAAUGUGGAAAUGUUUAUGAACAUUGAAAAAACAUUGGUGCAGAACAAUUGUUUGACCAGACCCAACAUCUACCUCAUUCCAGACAUUGAUCUGAAGUUGGCUAACAAAUUGAAAGAUAUCAUCAAACGACAUCAGGGAACAUUUACGGAUGAGAAGUCAAAAGCUUCCCACCACAUUUACCCAUAUUCUUCCUCACAAGAUGAUGAAGAAUGGUUGAGACCGGUGAUGAGAAAAGACAAGCAAGUGUUAGUGCAUUGGGGCUUUUACCCAGACAGCUAUGAUACUUGGGUCCAUAGUAAUGAUGUUGAUGCUGAAAUUGAAGAUCCACCAAUUCAAGAAAAGCCAUGGAAGGUUCAUGUGAAAUGGAUUUUGGACACUGAUAUUUUCAAUGAAUGGAUGAAUGAGGAGGAUUAUGAGGUGGAUGAAAAUAGGAAGCCUGUGAGUUUUCGUCAGCGGAUUUCAACCAAGAAUGAAGAGCCAGUCAGAAGUCCAGAAAGAAGAGAUAGAAAAGCAUCAGCUAAUGCUCGAAAGAGGAAACAUUCGCCUUCGCCUCCCCCUCCGACACCAACAGAAUCACGGAAGAAAAGUGGCAAGAAAGGCCAAGCUAGCCUUUAUGGGAAGCGCAGAAGUCAGAAAGAGGAAGACGAACAAGAAGAUCUAACCAAGGAUAUGGAAGACCCAACACCUGUACCCAAUAUAGAAGAAGUAGUACUUCCCAAAAAUGUGAACCUAAAGAAAGAUAGUGAAAAUACACCUGUUAAAGGAGGAACUGUAGCGGAUCUAGAUGAGCAGGAUGAAGAAACAGUCACAGCAGGAGGAAAGGAAGAUGAAGAUCCUGCCAAAGGUGAUCAGAGUCGAUCAAUUGACCCUGGGGAAGAUAAUGUGACAGAGCAGACUAAUCACAUUAUUAUUCCUAGUUAUGCAUCAUGGUUUGAUUAUAACUGUAUUCAUGUGAUUGAACGGCGUGCUCUUCCUGAGUUCUUCAAUGGAAAAAACAAAUCCAAGACUCCAGAAAUAUACUUGGCAUAUCGAAAUUUUAUGAUUGACACGUAUCGCCUAAACCCCCAAGAGUAUUUAACUAGCACUGCUUGUCGGAGGAACUUGACUGGAGAUGUGUGUGCUGUGAUGAGGGUCCAUGCCUUUUUAGAGCAGUGGGGACUCGUUAAUUACCAAGUUGACCCGGAAAGUAGACCUAUGGCAAUGGGACCUCCUCCUACUCCUCAUUUUAAUGUAUUAGCUGAUACUCCCUCUGGGCUUGUGCCUCUGCAUCUUCGAUCACCUCAGGUUCCUGCUGCUCAACAGAUGCUAAAUUUUCCUGAGAAAAACAAGGAAAAACCAAUUGAUUUGCAGAACUUUGGUCUACGUACUGAUAUUUACUCCAAGAAAACAUUAGCAAAGAGUAAAGGUGCUAGUGCUGGAAGAGAAUGGACUGAACAGGAGACCCUUCUACUCCUGGAGGCCCUGGAGAUGUAUAAGGAUGAUUGGAACAAAGUGUCGGAACAUGUUGGAAGUCGUACUCAGGAUGAAUGCAUCCUCCACUUUUUGAGACUUCCCAUUGAGGACCCAUACCUUGAGAAUUCAGAUGCUUCCCUUGGGCCUUUGGCUUACCAGCCUGUCCCCUUUAGUCAGUCAGGAAAUCCAGUCAUGAGUACUGUUGCUUUUUUGGCAUCUGUGGUGGACCCUCGCGUGGCAUCUGCUGCAGCAAAAGCGGCUUUGGAGGAGUUUUCUCGGGUCCGGGAGGAGGUACCGCUGGAAUUGGUUGAAGCUCAUGUCAAGAAAGUACAAGAAGCAGCACGAGCCUCUGGGAAAGUGGAUCCCACCUACGGCCUGGAGAGCAGCUGCAUUGCGGGCACAGGGCCCGAUGAGCCAGAGAAGCUUGAAGGAGCUGAAGAGGAAAAAAUGGAAGCCGACCCUGAUGGUCAGCAGCCUGAAAAGGCAGAAAACAAAGUGGAAAAUGAAACAGAUGAAGGUGAUAAAGCACAAGAUGGAGAAAAUGAAAAAAAUAGUGAAAAGGAACAGGAUAGUGAAGUGAGUGAGGAUACCAAAUCAGAAGAAAAGGAGACUGAAGAGAACAAAGAACUCACUGAUACGUGUAAAGAAAGAGAAAGUGAUACUGGGAAGAAGAAAGUAGAACAUGAAAUUUCCGAAGGAAAUGUUGCCACAGCCGCAGCAGCUGCUCUUGCCUCAGCGGCUACCAAAGCCAAGCACCUGGCUGCAGUGGAAGAAAGAAAGAUCAAGUCCCUGGUAGCUCUGUUGGUUGAGACACAAAUGAAGAAACUAGAGAUCAAACUUCGACAUUUUGAAGAGCUGGAAACUAUCAUGGACAGAGAGAAAGAAGCUCUAGAACAACAGAGGCAGCAGUUGCUUACUGAACGCCAAAACUUCCACAUGGAACAGCUCAAGUAUGCUGAAUUACGAGCACGACAGCAAAUGGAACAGCAGCAGCAUGGCCAGAACCCUCAACAGGCCCACCAGCACUCAGGAGGACCUGGCCUGGCCCCACUUGGAGCAGCAGGGCACCCUGGCAUGAUGCCUCAUCAACAGCCCCCUCCUUACCCUCUGAUGCACCACCAGAUGCCACCACCUCAUCCACCCCAGCCAGAUCCCCCUCCACCACAGCAGCAGCCGCCGCCACCACCACCUGCAGAUGGGGUCCCUCCGCCUCCUGCUCCUGGCCCACCAGCCUCAGCUGCUCCUUAGCCUGGAAGAUGCAGAGAACAUCCACGUCCACCACCAUGAGCUGGAGUGGGGAUGACAAGACUUGUGUUCCUCAAACUUUCUUUGGUUUCUUUCAGGGUUUUUCUUCUCACAGCUCCAAGCACGUGUCCAGUGCCUCCCCACUCCUCUUACCACCCCUCCUUCUGACACUUUUUGUGUUGGGUCCUUAGCCAACACUCAAGGGGAAACCUGUGGUGACAGUGUGCCCUGGUCAUCCUUAAAAUAACCUGCAUCUCCCCUGUCCUGGUGUGGGAGUAAGCUGACAGUUUCUCUGCAGGUCCUGUCAACUUUAGCAUGCUAUGUCUUUAUCAUUUUUGCUCUCUUGCAGUUUUUUGCUUUGUCUUAUGCUUCUAUGGAUAAUGCUAUAUAAUCAUUAUCUUUUUAUCUUUCUGUUAUUAUUGUUUUAAAGGAGAGCACCCUAAGUUAAUAGGAACCAAAAAAUAGUGAUGGGCAGAAGGGGGAUAGCCACAGGGGACAAACCUUAAGGCAUUAUAAGUGACCUUAUUUCUGCUUUUCUGAGCUAAGAAUGGUGCUGAUGGUAAAGUUUGAGACUUUUGCCACACACAAAUGUGUGAAAAUUAAAAGAGAUGUGGAAGGAGAACCUCAGUGAUUUUAUUCCCUAGUGAGGCCUCUGAGGGCCUCCACACUGCCUGGCAGAACAUACCACUGAACUAGUAUGUGCUAGAGGAGAGCACAAACAUCCGCUCCUUCCCUAGGCCCGCUGGCUCUGGUUUUCUAUGCAGAUGAUUCAUUGGAUUGGGGGUGAGUGUUUUGUUUUUCUGGGGGCAAUUUGACCUUUGAGGGUUGUAAUAUUGGGAAGCAUUCCUUAGUUUCCUCAACUAGCCUUGAAAGUUAGGAGUCUUGGGUAAUGACCCCUGCAAUGAGUCUAGCCUACUAUUCACUGCUUUGUGUGCAUUUUUUUUUUCUCCCUCUUUAAAAAACCCUUUACAAGAAGAAAAAAAAAAAAAAGUAGAUAGUGCUGAAUGUUUUAGCUCGUGAAACUUGGUUAGGAUGGCUGGGGGUACAAGUCCCCAAACUACCUCUUGUUACAGUAGCCAGGGAGUAGAAUUUCAUGAACCGGUACUUUUAAGGUUAGGAUGGGAUGGGAAAAGUGAAGCAGGAUAUUAGUUCCUUGUACCUUCUCCCUUCCAUUUCUGAGAAUCUCACAUUCCAUCUAUCACAGGGUUUUCAAAGAGAUGCUGAGGGUAACAAGGAACUCACUUGGCAGUCAGAGCAUCAUGCUUUGAGGUUUGGGGUGCUCAGGCUGGGAGGGUAGAAUGCCAUUCCAGAGGACAAGCCACAAAAAUGCCUUAAUUUGAGCUCGUAUUUACCCCUGCUGAUAAGUGACUUGAAAGUUCCCGGUUUUCUCGUCCUUCCCUCCCUUCUGUCCUUCCAUGUGUGGGGAAAGGGUGUUUUUGGUAGAGCUUGGUUUCCAAAGCGCCUGGCUUUCUUACUUCACAUUCUCAAGUGGCAGUUUCAUUAUUUAGAAUGCAAGGUGGACAUCUUUUGGAUAUCUUUUUCUAUAUAUUUUCUAAAGCUUUACAUAUGAGAGGGUAUAGGGAACUUUUUUCCUUAAUAUCAGAAAGCAAAAAAAAAAUAAAACCACAAUUGAGAUUUGCCUUUCAAACCCUCAGGUUUGCCUCUAACCAGGUGUCCCUGGUCACCAUCAGAGUACUGGAAUACUGGAACCGAGGAGACCUUGGUCCUUUUGUUUUUGUUCUGGACUCUUGGGAGUGGAAAAUGGGAAUGAGUUUAUUCCUACUGGAGUUUAGUUCCAAUGCAUUUGGCUCCAGAAAGACCCCAGUGCCUUUUGACAAUGGCCAGGGUUUUCCCUACUUCCUGCCAGUCUUUCCCAAAGGAAACUCAUUCCAAAUACUUACCUGUUCCCCUGGAGUCCUAGAAGGAAAAUGGAAUUCUGGUUCAUACUGUGGUCCCUUGUAACCUCAGGUCUUUAAUGUGAUCACUUUCAAAUUUAAAAGAUCCAGGUGGAAAUAUUUUUACUAUAAUAAUAAUUCUACAAAAUACCUGAAUUCUUAACACUGUUAUAUUUCAGUAUAAGUGGUGGCUUUUUCUUUUCAUGUCUUUGAUCUGGUUUUAUUCCUGUAAUUCACAGCCACCUGAUUUUGUGAAGGGGGGGGAAUAAUACGUGGUUUUUGUACAAACAUGUUUCUCAGUGUGUUGUUAUUUUGGAGAAAAUGAGGGGAGGGAGUUUGGCGAGAUUGGAGAAAAUGAAUGAAGAAGGCCUAAUCUCCCUCUUUUUCAGUGAAUAAAUGGAACACCAUUUCUGGAUUCUAGUCCCAUUUUCUGCAUUCAUAUACCAGUUUCUUCAUAUAUCCUAUGAAGAACCUAAACAUUUGGCCCCGCCUUGUCUUGGUUUGGUCGGCAGUUAAAAUUCUGUGACUCGGGCUUCCUUUCUGACUGCCCACCUGCACGAUGUGUAAGGAACAUACAUUUUGAGCAUACCUCACCCAGUGUUCAUUUGCAUGGUCAAAGUGAAAAUGAGUGGAAGUUCUCCAAAAAUGAUGGCCAACAUCCUGGCACCUCCUGGUGUGAGAAAUAGCUUUCCUUAGUGAAUGGGAUAAUGUUUGUCAGGAUGCAGUUUAGACAGUCCCAAGUUGGAGGCAGGCCUUGAGGGCAGAAGGUUCUGUGAACCUUGACAUACUCUAAGGACAAUAAACCCUGUGCAGAAAAAAGAAGUGAUUGUUUUCAGGAUGCUCAUAAAUCCAGUGAAGCAAAAGAAGAGGAUUCUGUGUCUGCCAUGAGAUGAAUGCCCUGCUCUUCACAAAAGUGUGCCUCUAAUAAAGAGAGCCAAAGCCA